GUCCGAGCCGUUGGCUUUUCUCUCUCACGUGUUGAGCGCCCUUCGUGUGCAUGAUCCCUGCGUUGCCUGCUCUGAUGCUUUGGAGCCAGGCCACGCUUUCGACAGCUCCCCCACCCACCCAAAAAAAGGUGCGGUGACGUUUAUCAGACCGAAUCAAACCCAAAAAACCGAGGCAAAACCCCGGCGGCACUUUAAAGACGAGCGACUGCAACUCUAAUGUAAGCUUCCGUGGAUCGAGUCUACUUCCUCGGACAUUAGAGUGGAAGAAACUCUAGGACGGCCAAAUGAAGAAGAAAACAGACUUGAAACCCAAAUGCCUGGAUGAGCAAGAAAUUCCAUAUAAGUUGCGGGAGAUUAUGAAGAGUCGUGAUGAAUUAAAGAAUUCUAAGAGCAAGAAGAAAAAGCGAAAGGCAAAGGAAAAGAGGCCUGAUGUAUCAGAAGAUGACAUACCAGUGCCAAAAUUUAAGAGGCGAAAAGGAGAAACGGAAUGGUCCUAUAUCAUGCGUAUGGAGCAAGAAACACAGCAUGUGAUGUUCCUUGCAAAAAACCAGCAGCAACGUGAGCCUGAGAAAGAAGAGCCAAUACAAGAAAAAUCCCAGAAAAGAAAGGAAUUUCAGAGGAAGAAACAAGAAAAAGCCCGAAAGCAAAAAGAGGAGAAAAAAAUUGCAAAGUUGGAAAAGGAAUUCCUCAAAGACCCAGUGGAGUUUGGAGAAGUUGCUUUGCAGCCUCCAGUACUUACAGUAAAGCCCAGAAAGAGUGUUGUCAAAGACAAGGCUGGCCAGAGGCAGCUUCUCCUCACCUCUCUCUUGAGCUCCGGGAAAACAGCUUCCACCCAGAAGGCAUCUCUGGCCCGCCAGAGGAUUGUACUGGAGGAAAGGGAGCGGGUUGUGCAGGCCUACCGUGACAUGAAGAAACAGAAGCAGCAUCGCUCGGCCCAGGCACAACUUUCUUUGGACAAGCUAAAGAAGCCGGUUUGAAUUGACAGAAAGCAAUGAGUGUUCAGAAAGCAAGAACUCGUUUAAUACAAGGACGAAAUAUCAGGCAGGAGGUCCAUUGUGGUAGAGUGGUCCCCUUUGAAUGGAUGUUUCCGGCUACCAGGACAAAUGUGUUACUUACUUCAUAGGAGACAAGUGACUGGGUAGUUUAUGGGCCAACGUCCAUCACUUCUAGGAGCAGAAGGAAUUCCGUACAAGGCAUUUUCCCCAGGCCCACUUUGGAACUGCACGGCCAGCGAUCUUAGUGCCACGGCGAUUGCAGCAAGAUUCUUUUCCUGCGGAGGUUCAGCCGUCCUACCUGGUACUCACACGAGUCCUGCCUCGAGUCUGCCUUUUAACUGUUCUUGUAAGCUUUCCAUGGCUUCGAGUAGCCGUUGGGGAUGUUUUUAGAGGGCAGCUCCCCUCUUCUUUAAGCAUUGGCUGUGCUGGGUAAGGCUGAUGGGAGCUGCCGACUUUAAAAUAAAUCCCACAUGGAAAACAACACUUGCUCGUCCUUUUCUUUGCAAAUGCUGCAGAAAUAACUUCUAUAAAAUGUUACUGAAUUUGUUUGUGUUGCACAUUUUCCCCUGCUUCUCCCUCCUUGCUUACCUUAAACAAACAAGCAUAUAACUGACUAAGCAUUUACACAUAAAGGAUGAAAAAACACAUUUGUUGAGAUGGGAUGGAGGGAGGUAAUGAUCCAAGAUGAGUCUUUCCUUAGAGUAUUGUGCCCAGUUUUGAAACCAGAGGAAUAACAGAUGUGGUAGGAUGAUUGGAGCAUCUGUUCUCCUUUUAUGCAAGAAGAACCUAUUCUCCUAGGUCUCAUAAGAGAAGGAAUGUGAUCUUUUCUAAUAUUCUCAUGUCGGCGUUCAGCCUGAUGAGCGCAUUCUGGAGCAGAAGGAAAACUGAACACUUGCACAGUAAAUCAAUAUUGCCUCCAUCCA